AUAGAGAUAGCGUAUUAAAGUCGCGAUUAAGAUACAUAAAAAUUCCUCGAUUUCGAAAUCAAGAAACAAACUUUGAACUUAGAAUCCCUCCAUUUCGAUGUAAAAUUCAUGUAAUUUUCCUUGUGAAAUAAAAAUAGAUGUAAAGAUACUAGUAAUUCAUAAAGAGAAACAGACUCUUGAAUUCGUUCAGACUCUGCUUUGCAAGAUUCAUUCUUUAACCCCUAUGCUUUUUCGUACCUCAAAAAUAGUCCCUUUCACGACACAAAAAAAAGUACAAUUCAAUCGCUCAGAUUAAAUUUGAAGACAGCAUCGAAUGGCCGCUUUAGGAAUGCCCGACAUAGAUUUAGAAUGCGGCUGCGCCAUCAGCGACGAGGAGGCCAGCAGCGUCUGCUUCUCCGACGCCGUCAAUGGCUCCAGCAAUUCGCAGUUUGCCUCUAAUUUGGAUGAUUGCAGCUCCGCCUGUGGCUCGGAAGAUGAGGAUUUGGGGCAGAGGAAGAAUGUUGAGAGAGAUUGCCGGAUUUGUCAUCUGAGUUUGGUGAGCAGCAGCAGCCCUAGCUCUGGGAUUGCCAUUGAGUUGGGGUGUUCUUGUAAGGAUGAUUUGGCUGCUGCUCACAGACAUUGUGCUGAAACAUGGUUCAAAAUCAAAGGAAACAAGACUUGCGAAAUUUGCAACUCAGUGGCGCGCAAUGUUGUCGGCUAUAAUGAUAUGGAGGCUGUUGAACAGGUGAAUGAGAGCAACGCAGAUGCUGCAGCAUCCUCAGGGUCCGCCCCCUCCACUGUAGAGACUCGAACUUGCUUAAAUGGUCAUCGCUUCUUAAAUUUUCUUCUGGCUUGCAUGGUGUUUGCUUUCGUCAUUUCUUGGCUUUUCCACUUCAACAUCCCAUCGUAAGUAUUCCGUAGAAGAUGAUGAUUGAUGAGAAACCGGGAUUGCAGAUGGCAAAGUGAUAACUUGAUACACCUUGAAGUGAUUCAUUGAGAGUUCCAUUUCCUUUAAUUUUUUUCUUGGAAAAUAUCUUCUUAUUGUUUCUGGUGCUGAGGGAAGGGGUUGGCUGCAUAUCAGCGAUUGUUGAUCAAGUAAAGAAGACGUUUUGUUUCU